GCACUGGGGAUGAAAUGACAUUGCUAGUAAAUAUCUUGGGCACAUGAUGACUCCAGGGCCCUGCAAACAUCCUUUUAAGCAGAAAGCAGACAUCUCCUUCUUCACCCGGCUGUACUAUGUUGGGACUUCUAGGACUUCUUUACUAUCUGGUAGAUUUUCCUCUUCCUCCCCUUUUCCACUGUGUAUUAGCUUCCCCACUAAAGGAGAAACGCCUUGAGGGCUGAGAGUUUUGGUACCUGUAUUCCCAGUAGUAGUAGGAACUUACUGAUUAUUGAUUGAUUGGGAAAUAUCCAAUAGUGAUAUCAUUGCUUCGAAGGGAAUUCACUGAUGGCUUUCCCGUACAAUCCCAAAUCGUUUCAGUGUUCCCAGCUCCACCAACAGCCGAGGGCUGCAGUCCUGCAUCCUUGACCUUCCUGGCACACGCUAGGGUGCCUUUGGCACCGACCAGCUUGCCCCGCUGGCUAGACUUUCGAUUUUCAGGAUUUUAUUAACUAUAUGUUAAUAGUGAUUAGUUAACUAGGCUGCUCUUUGGGGGCCUGACGCAAGGCUCCCUGGAGGGAGGGCAUCGGAAACCAGGCUUUUUGACUUUUGGGGGGUAUUCUGGACCCUUUGAGCAAUCAGAGGAAUAGUUUUAAAUUCAUUAAAUAAAACACAAGGGAUUAUAACGAAGACUUAUUAUAUUCAAAUAAACUUGUCAAGAUAUAUUUUGAAAGCCCGGAGAAUAAUCUCUAACCUUAGUGAAAUGCUGCCCAGAAGAGUUCAGCCCGGGAGAAGCAGGUCAAAGGAGAAGAGCCCCGCCCACGAGGCGGGAGAGGGAGAGGGAGGAGGAAGAGGAGGAGGAAACGUCCCGCCCUUGACCCACGGCGCCUGCGGCCCCACAGCGGGUCACAUGUGCGGAGAGGUAUGCGGAGGCCGAGGGGGCGGAGUCCUGACCGGGCGGGGGGGCGGGGGAGGAGGGAAGCAGUAGCCUCCCGUGAUGCCCCGCGCCGGGAAGGGGCCGGAACUCCGGGGCGGGCGGCUUGUUGACAAUAUGGCGGCUGCGGUGGCGGCUGUGGCGGCCACCCGGGCAGCGGGAGGCGGUGGCGGCGCCGGCGGCGCCGGGAGGAAGGAGCCUCUCUCGGUAAAAGGCAAAGAACAAGACAAGGCCACAGAUGUAAAGGCAAUUAAAGCUGCACUACCAGUACAUUCCCCACAAAAGAGCCCUAGAAAUCAUGCCUUAUUGGAGGCUGCCGGACCAAGCCAUGUGGCAAUCAAUGCCAUUUCUGCCAAUAUGGACUCUUUUUCAAGUAGCAGGACAGCUGCUCUUAAAAAACAGCCUAGUCACAUGGAAGCUGCUCAUUUUGGUGACCUCGGCAGAUCUUGUUUGGACUAUCAGACUCAAGAGACCAAAUCAAGUCUUUCGAAGACCCUUGAACAAGUCCUGCAGGACAGUAUUGCCCUUCCGUAUUUUAUUCAGUUUAUGGAACUUCGGAGAAUGGAACAUUUAGUGAAAUUCUGGUUAGAAGCUGAAAGUUUCCGUUCUACAACCUGGUCCCGCAUAAGAGCACACAGUCUGAAUACAGUUAAACAGAGCUCCUUGGCAGAACCUCUCUCUCCUUCAUCUAAAAGGCAUGAAACGACAGUCUCUUUUCCAUCUGAGUUUCUUGACCAGAGGUUGGAGAGUUCUAGCACAGUCCAGCUGCUCAUGACCCACUCAAAAGGAACAGAGAUGAAUAAUAGAACUAGCAAUGCUCAGAAUCACUCGCUGCCUUCCCAGGAUAGAGAUAAUGUUCGUUCUCUCCAUCUUGAAAUGUCCAAGGAAGUGACUCAAGUUUCUAUGGAAUAUCAAGACUCUUCCAGACUUACGGGAUCAAAUAGAAAUAGUCCUUCUUCUACUCUAAAGGAAUUAUCAGGAAAACUAAUGAGAAGUAUAGAACGCGAUGCAGUGAGUACUUUUACCAAAUAUAUAUCUCCAGAUGCUGCUAAACCGAUCCCCAUAACAGAGGCGAUGAGAAAUGACAUCGUAGCAAAGAUUUGCGGGGAGGAUGGACAGGUGGAUCCCAACUGUUUUAUUAUGGCACAGUCCAUAGUAUUUCAUGCAAUGGAACAAGAGCACUUUAGUGAGUUUUUGCGAAGUCACCAUUUCUGUAAAUACCAGAUUGAAGUGCUGACCAGUGGAACUGUUUACCUGGCUGACAUUCUCUUCUGUGAAUCAGCCCUGUUUUAUUUCUCAGAGUACAUGGAGAAAGAAGAUGCAGUGAAUAUCUUACAGUUUUGGUUAGCAGCUGAUAACUUCCAGUCCCAGCUUGCCGCCAAAAAAGGCCAGUACGAUGGUCAGGAAGCACAGAACGAUGCCAUGAUUUUAUAUGACAAAUACUUCUCCCUUCAAGCUACACAUCCUCUUGGAUUUGAUGACUUUGUAAGAUUAGAAAUUGAAUCCAACAUCUGCAGGGAAGGAGGGCCACUCCCGAGCUGUUUCACUACUCCAUUGCGUCAGGCCUGGACGACCAUGGAGAAGGUUUUUUUACCUGGCUUCCUGUCCAGCAAUCUUUAUUAUAAAUACUUGAACGACCUUAUCCAUUCAGUACGAGGAGAUGAAUUUCCAGGAGGGAAUAUUGCACUGACAAUUGCUGGCUCUGGGGGCCCUCCUGAUCAGGAGACUCAUUCAAGCAAUGAUGGUUCUGCUCAGUUCAAUGUGAAGAAGGCCAAUGUUAAAAUCCUGAAAAAUUUUGAUGAAGCAAUAAUUGUAGAUGCUGCAAGUCUGGAUCCUGAAUCUUUAUAUCAACGGACAUAUGCAGGGAAGAUGACCUUUGGAAGAGUCAGUGACCUAGGGCAGUUCAUCCGGGAAUCUGAGCCUGAGCCUGAUGUAAAGAAAUCCAGAGGAUCCAUGUUUUCACAAGCUAUGAAGAAAUGGGUGCAGGGAAACACUGAUGAGGCCCAAGAAGAGAUGGCUUGGAAGAUCGCCAAGAUGAUCGUCAAUGAUGUCAUGCAGCAGGCGCAGUACGAUGUGCCCUUGGAGAAGUCGACCAAGCUAUGAUUUUAGAGAUGAGAUCCAGGAAAUCUGCUUUUGAAGAUAAGUGAACUUUUUUCCUUUGGUUGGAUUCUUCUUUAACACAGCCAAUGAAAACAAGCACUGUAUUUUAUCACUGAUACCGCCGUCAUUUCCUAAGGAAGGAUUGGGAGCCAUCCAAGGCCCCCCACCUCAGUGCGGAGUCCCAUCCAGAAGUCUGCCCGUCACUGCACGUAUAGCACACAUAGGGAAGAGUCGAAGAGACCGACGGGGGUCUGUAUGUUGUUGCCAGAAGAAUGUGAUUGAUGGACUUCACUGCAGCAAGAAGCCAUUUUUGAGAGAUUGUUAGACUCUCGGGAAUAGUCUUGGUCCACUCACACUAGCAAGUGUGGAGGCAAGCUUAGCACUAGUUCUAUUGCUAAUGUUACUUAUAGUAAUAAUCACACAUUCUGAAGACUGCAGAGCGAGUAUCUAAAAAGAUUCUGCCCUGUCCUAAAAUGUUCUUUGGGAAGGCAUGUGGGCUAAGAGCUCUGUCGGUUUGCUUUCCUUACCAAAACUAGGUGAGUAUUAAUUACAAACUAAAUGUAUUUCCUUCCUUUGCAGAAGCAUUAAUUUUGAAGGAAAGGAAUAGGCCAUGAGUAAAGUGACUACACUCUCCUUGCCUUUGGUAGAGGUAUAUAAUUUUUGUGUUUUUACUAGCUUCUGAGAUGCAAAAUAUAUAAAAACCAGUGUCUCACUGGUAUAACUCUGUGUUGCUAACACAAGGCCGAAGGUGCAAUUAAGAAUGCCAUGUGUGAGCAUCGACGUCUCCCUGCUCUCCCUGGACUCUGCUCUCUACUUACUACUCCUUGUCCAGAAAUACAUGUAGAAGAAGCAGCAUAUUUAAAAAUACCAAUUGGUUUAUUGAUUAUAUCAUAAUGACUCACUCCAGGUUUUCAUCUUGUGCUCUCCUUAUAAAUUAGAAUGUUUGCUCCCAAAUAGGACUUUUUUUUUGAAGAAGAAGAAGAAGAAAAAUUUUUAAAAUAUUAAUCAGUUCUGUUUGGCAGUUAUUCCCAUCUCCUGCUUCUGCUGGUAGUUUAGAAUUUGGCCAUUUAUAACCUUUGUUCCUUUCCUUGUCAUUAAGACAAUAAGCAGAUUCUCCCAUGUUUCUGCUUGGAACCCUGAAGCAAUUCUGCAGGGCAGCACAGCAUUUGGUUAUCACUCCAUUAUGUUUUUGCCCAUAUUUCCUUGUAAGAUGUUUUUGUUUUGAUGGGAUGGGGAAGGUUUUUUUUUUUUCCCUUUACUGCUUUUUUGUCAAGGGACUUGGGGGAAAAAAAUCACUUUAUAAAGAUUAUCAAUCAUCUCCGUUUUUGAGAGUCUUUGAAUGAAUACAGAAUGUUAUUCCAUUGCAAUAUUUGAUUGUAUAGAGGCACACUGUGUAUUAUCAACAAGAAGAAACAGAAAGGCUGUGUAUAGGUUUUUGGUACUAUGUACCACCUCUAUUACUCCUGAUGCCCAAGUAUUCAUGUACCUAAACCAUAUUCUAUUUAAUUGUGUUUGAUUUAAAAUAUAUAUAAAUAUCUAUAAAAUAUAUUAAAA